AAUACGAUUACGGUGUAAUGUUGACUAACUGAAUAUAAAUGUCUACGAUUGGGCAUCGGCCUUCAUUAAACAAUUUUUCAAAAUUAACAUUUGUAAUUGGAAUUAGCUUCUACCACUUCCUUUCUUCACGACUGUGGAAUUGCGCUGGACAAUUUUUUUGGAGCUUAAAUCCUGCACUUACCCUGCUUUCUACCUUUCAGUUGGUGGCACGACCUCAUUUGGUGCGGUUGCUGCACGGUCGAGCUCGGACUGUACUGGAAGUGCCGUUAUUCAUCUAUUGUUACAUAUGGUUAUACCUACAACGCGUUUCCGUAACCAGUCACACAUCAAUCCGCACGAUUUUUUGUCUGAUUGAAGACCCUCUUUUUGGGACGGCAGAACUGUAUGAACUGCAACAGCCAUGCCCAUUGCAUGGCUAGCAAAAAAACUUUUCGGGAACGUGGGGAGGAAUGCUGGGGCUGUUGCUGCCGCCCAAACGCAAGCCGGUCUGGAACGAUUCGGACGGGAUCUUCAGCAAGCGGCAAUCCAGCUGCGCCACACCCAGCACAUCGUCCACGCAAUCGGCCAGCACACUGUACACGGACUAGACCCGGUGGCGCAGUUCGGCCAGCAUCUGCAAAAGGCCGCGGAAGCUUUCCAGAAUAUGCAGAUGAAUGUCGGCGGUCUGGAAACGGUGGGACGGGAACUGGGACGCGAGUUCGGCCAGUCAUUGGUAGAGGCUGCCGAAAUUCUCACCAAUUACAAUAUCGAUAUUUCUGGACUGAACGAAGUCGGCGAGAGUUUCGGUCAGCGGCUGCUGGAAGUGGCCAAGGUGAUUGGAAACACCAAUCUCCACGUGCACGGACUGGAAAGGUUGGGUGUAGCGCAGUUCGGUAACAGUGUGGAGCGAGCGUUGGCGCAUAUGCGCGACAUGCAGGUGGAUAUUGGACCAUAUACAUUCCGGGCCAUGCUGCAUGGUUACGAUGUGGUGACGUACGCCGUCCAGGUGGCUCUGCUUAUCGUUGUUUUAAUCGGCUGGCAUCUUGUACGGCAUGACGAUUUUUGGCCAGGGAUUCUUACAGCCGUUGUUGGACUGACGGCGUUAGUCUAUACCACGGUUUUCAAGCCACGGGCGUUGGAAAAUCUCGCAGCGAGAACCACCAUUCUCACACCGGUCACGACUACAAACAAGGAACAGGAACCCGAAGGGUUGAAGAUCAAUGAUUUGUCGGCAUUAUGUCUUAACGGCCACCAGCGUGUACAAUGGCAUGGCGACUCGGGGGCGUGGUUGAAUACGCUUCCCGCACGCCACCAUCGGACGUUAUUGAGGAAAGAAGAAGAGAUAAGAACUGGUACAACCCUGCAAUUCCGGUAUCCGCGUUGUACAGGAACACCAGGUGAACCUGGUGUCGGAAAGUCCACAUGGAUUAACGGCUUCAUCAACUACCUAACCUAUGAUUCGUUGACCAUAGCCGAGCGGGAAGGUCUCAUAUGUUUGAUACCCUCGUCUUUCACUCUAACGGAGGAAAAUUACGUACCCAGACAAAUUAACAUGGGUUACAAUCCCGGUGGGACGCUUGUCGAGCAUAAAGCGAACAGUCCGCUGGCAAGCAGGGAAUUAACCGAUGAUGCCCCACAGGAUACCAAAACUUACGCCUUUCCGUACAAAGACCGCAUCGUUCGCUUAAUCGAUACCCCAGGAACUGGGAACACUCUUGAUCCGGAUCGCGACAGGAAAAAUUUCGAGAAGAUCCUCUCACAUAUCUCGCAUGUCUCAGAGAUUCACGGAAUAUGCGUUCUUCUAAAACCCUUUUGCACUAUGUCCAACCUGAUGUUCCAGUUCUGUGUGCAGGAACUGCUGGCUCGCCUGCACAAAGAUGCUUCCCGCAAUUUGAUCUUCGUCUUUACUCAUACGCGGUCGACAUGGUAUCGCCCUGGGGACACAAUGGCGCCACUGGCCACACUUUUGGAGCAGAGUAGCAAUAUCAAUAUUCCGCUAAACAAAAGCACCAUGUUUUGUCUGGACAACGAGUCGGUACGGUUCCUGGCCGCUAGCAAAGCCGGGAUCCAGUUCAGCAAGAAGGAGCGGGAGAAUUAUGCCAAAAGCUGGGAGAAGUCGGUGGAGGAGACGGCGCGCUUGAUAGAUCACGUGACCCGACUCGACGCGCACCAAACGCAGGCAACCAUUACGUUGAAUGAAGCACGCUGCUUAUUCCGGGACCUGACGAAACUCAUGGCGCAAAUCACCACGAUUCACGAAGCAAACAUCAACAGUACGCAUGGCAAACAGAAUGAACUGGCGUUACUUAAAGAAUAUAAGGGCGUCCUCCUGAGUAAACAGUAUGUUAGCAAGGACCAAUUGGAGCUGGUGGAAAUCCCUCAUCCGCGGUUGGUGUGUACUGCGCCGAGCUGCAUCGAGAUGUACUUGUACCAGGACAAUACGGGGCAGACGCGGAUUAAUCACAAGACAUGGUGCCACCCGCACUGUGAAGCGCAAGACGUACCCGCUGGGACGACUAAUGUUGAAGCCUUGCGUAUAUGUCAAAUGAUGAACGACGCCGGUAAAUGCACCCAUUGUGGAUGCGGUUAUGAAAACCACAUGCUUGUCAAAAACGAAUACCGUGUCAAGCCCAUUAAGGUUAUGGACGAGAGCAUUCCCGGUCUGUUAAAGCAAAAGGAUCUGGAUAUUGUAGCGGCGGAAAAUGUUGUCCGCCAGUUAGAGAGCCAGAAGGUGGAGCUACAGAAUGAGCUGGAUAUCAUCAUCACCAUGGCAUCGAAAUAUGCUUAUUUUCUGAAAACCAACGCCAUGUCCAAUCACAAGGAUGCUCUGGAUGAAUAUCUCCACCAGCUGAUUAACCAAGAAAAGCAGAAAGUUGCUGCCGGAGGGGAUCGCCAGACACUGGAUGUCUGCGAAGAGAUGCUGCGACGCUAUACGCACGAACGCGCUGUCCUGCCGGGCGCGCUUAACAGCGCAAAUGAUUUGCCUACCGAAGUCACGGCCAGGACGAUGCAGGAAGACGUUGAACGGUUGCUUGGGCUGACGCUCAUUGGGACGCUGUUCCGUAAAAUGAACUGGAUGGAACAGCAUGCUGAACGUCAGCGCUUCAGCUACGUGGAGACGUUGUAUCGCUCACGGAAUGUCGUUCGCAUUCGCGAUUUGGCUCAGGUACGCAAUACACCGCUGCAUUCGCAGUCUCCACGAGGUGUCUUGCAGAGAAUAUGGGAUGUACGGCCGUGGCACAAGCAUCCACGAAUGUGACCUUCUGCUUCAACCCUAAAAGCUCUAAAAAUUGGCAUUGGGUGUAUCCCAGCGAGGCGGAUAAACACGAGAGCUGAUCCCCGACAUUUCUUGAAUAGCGAAUUAGUUGGGCUAAUAUGAAGGGAAAUGCCGCUGCAGUUGGGCACUUUGGCAGGAAAGAAUAAACGACGGCGACAAUUUUAGUUGUUUUAUUCAGUCACGGCGACGAUUUUAGACGACGGCGACGAUUUUGGUUGUUUUAUUCUGUCACGGCGACGAUUUUAGU